AGUAGCUGACUAGCUUCCUGGCUACACGCAGCUAGCGGAUCCUGGGUCGCGCAUCAUGGCCGCCUCCAAGCCGAUAGAGCCGCACUCCGGCAGCGGACUACCCCGUUGGCAGCUGGCUCUGCUGGUCGGCACUCCCAUCGUGCUGGGAGUCGGUGCUGUGUACCUGUGGAACCGCAGGAGGACGAAGGAGAGCCGAGGCAAAGGCAGCGGGGAGCGGAUAACACCCGAAGGCAGCGCUAGUCCGGAGCAGGGCCAGGACGGCGCCUCCCGGGCCAAGCAGGAGGCGGACAUCUCCAUGAGUCCUUUGGACCGUGCCCAAGGAGCCAAGAACCGAGGCAACAAGUACUUCAAGGCGGCCAAGUACGAGAACGCCAUCCAGUGCUACACCGAGGCCAUCGCCCUGUGCCCCGCUGAGCAGAAGAGCGACCUGUCAACGUUUUACCAGAACAGAGCGGCGGCCUACGAGCAGCAGAUGAAGUGGACAGACGUGGUGCAGGACUGCUCUCAGGCGGUGGAGCUCAACCCCCGCUACGUCAAGGCUCUCUUCAGGCGGGCCAAAGCGCUGGAGAAGUUGGACAACAAGAAGGAAUGCCUGGAAGAUGUGACGGCGGUGUGCAUCUUGGAGGCCUUCCAAAACCAGCAGAGCAUGUUGCUGGCAGACAAGGUGCUCAAGCAGCUGGGAAAGGAGAAGGCCAAAGAGAAAUACAAGAACCGUGAGCCCAUGAUGCCUUCCCCCCAGUUCAUCAAGUCCUACUUUGGUUCCUUCACCGACGACCUCGUCUCACAGCCGCUGCAAAAGGGCGAGAAGAAAGACGAGGACAAGGACAAGGAGGGCGAGGCCGCCGAGGUCACCGCCAGCUCUGGUUACCUGAAGGCCAAGCAGUACAUGGAGGAGGAGAACUACGACAAGAUCAUCAGCGAGUGCACCAAGGAGGUGGACUUCGAGGGCCGCUACAUGGCCGAGGCGCUGCUGCUGCGCGCCACCUUCUACCUGCUGAUCGGCAACGCCAACGCCGCUCAGCCUGAUUUGGACCGGGUCAUCAACAUGCAGGAGGCCAACGUCAAGCUGCGAGCCAACGCCCUCAUCAAGCGGGGCAGCAUGUACAUGCAGCAGCAGCAGCCGCAGCUCUCCACGCAGGACUUCAACAUGGCGGCCGAGAUCGACACCCGCAACCCCGACGUGUACCACCACAGGGGGCAGCUGAAGAUCCUGCUGGACCAGGUGGACGAGGCGGUGGGCGACUUUGACGAGUGCAUCCUGCUGAGGCCCGACUCUGCACUCGCCCAGGCCCAGAAGUGUUUCGCCCUGUACAGACAAGCAUACACCGGCAACAACCCCUCACAAGUCCAGAUCGCCAUGGAUGGCUUCGAGGACGUGAUCAGGAGGUUCCCCAGGUGUGCUGAGGGCUACGCGCUCUACGCUCAGGCUCUGACUGAUCAGCAGCAGUUUGGAAAGGCGGACGAGAUGUACGACAAGUGCAUCGAGUUGGAGCCAGACAACGCCACGACUUACGUGCACAAGGGAUUACUACAGCUCCAGUGGAAGCAAGACCUGGACCUGGGUCUGGACCUGAUCAGCAAGGCCAUCGAGAUUGACAACAAAUGUGACUUCGCCUACGAGACCAUGGGAACCAUCGAAGUCCAAAGGGGCAACCUGGACAAAGCCAUCGAGAUGUUCAACAAGUCCAUCAACCUGGCCAAGUCGGAGAUGGAGAUGGCCCACCUGUACUCCCUGUGCGACGCGGCCUACGCCCAGACCGAGGUGGCCAGGAAGUACGGCCUCAAGCCGCCGACGCUGUGACGUCCCAGCCCACCUUGAACUGUUCGCUGCAUUGUUUCUCUUCCCUCUCCAAGGCUUUGGAAUGCAGCCCCUUCUUUUUUUUUUUUGUUUGGACGCACUUCUAACAAACAUGUCAAAGUUGAUUGGAUAAAAGUUCAUUAGCAAAUGUUGUUUUUUUUUACUUUGCCUGUUUUAUCUACUUUUUUAAAUACGUUCUGUGCAGCAUGUUCUGUGCACCGACCUUUGACCUGAAAAAGAGUAGUCUCCCUUCUAUUGUACAGUUGAUUCUAUUUUUGUUUGCUGAGAAAUCAGCCAUGAUCUUGUACAGAGAAGCACUCUUCAUCUUUUGCUGACCAAAGCCACUUUCCACCCCAAUAAAGUUCUUGUGUUGCA